AUGACCGGCGCGUCAAGUAAUUACCUUUUUGGUAGGAUCGAUGUGACCUCACCAAGCUUAUUUCAAGAUAAUUGCCAAUUAUCGGAGUAUCUUUUUCUUUUCUUUUUGAACUUGACGGCAUCCGCCCGUGUUAAAGCGGCAUCGACGUGCGACCGCCGAUUUGUUUCGGAUAUGCCGAUCGGUACUCCGACCUUUGUAUUACCUACUUUUAUGCAUUCCGCCAUACAAAUUACACUUCCGCCUGUUUGCCGCUUAUGUGGAAAAUUGCCUCCGCCCCGUUUCCAUGAAUACUUUCUAUACAUUAAUACAUUUAGCAUUAGCACAAUCGUUGAUCGACCUGAUGGUACCUUACAUAUUUAG